AAAUGCAGUUGGCAAAUAACAGCUGAACAGCAAAUAAAUAAAAAGAGUUUCGAAGUGUAUUUUUUUGUUUUGCAACGAAAUCAAGGCAUUUUCGUUAAUAAACUAUAAACAUAAUCUAUUUCCGUAACUUGGAAGCAGAUAUAAGCAUACAGAUUGAUUCACUCUACGAUUAUUCUGACGGGGCUACCGUCUUCAGAAAUUUGACCGCUUCAAUAGGAGGGCCUAUAGUGAUUCUGCAAUCAGAUAUGUUGGUUUCUCCAAUCAUGUACUUGGUGUAAUGGGAUCCUGUGUUGCAUGCAGGGCAGAUAUUGGGGUUGGUUUAAUCCGGAUAUUAAUUGGGCCAGAAAACAUUUCAGAUUCAGGGAUGUCGAUAGGGUCAAAAAUAUUACCAUCCAUGCAACUUGAACGCAGAUGUAAAUGAUCGUCUAUCGCUCUUAGAAAGUUCUAUAUAAUAAUUUGUAUAAACCCCAUGUUUAAAUGGAUUUUGACGAUGAAUUAGAAAGCCACUACAUCAGAAAGGAUGAAUUUCUUCGGCAUCCACAAUAUGAUAAAACUGCUAAGUACAACAGAGACAACCCCUACAAAGAUGCAUCAAUUGUCCAUGACUAUAUACCCGCAAUGGUUAUGCACUUAACGUCCUUAAAUGAAAGUUGCUGGCUUGAGAAUUCUAUAAUCAGCAUCCUUGAAGGGCGUUUACGAUUUAAGAAUUGUUUGCUAUAUGGCAACGUGCUGGAUAAGGCUAGAGAACAAAACGCCAGACAUGUUUAUACGUUCGAUGACGGAACUGAAUGCAUUGAAAUUUCUUUAUUCACAAAUGACAAGAAUAUAAAUGCCGUAAUAAAACUUCAAGGAAACUUGUAUGACAUCAUAGGUUGCAGUGAGAAGAAAAUUGCCACUAGCUUGAGUAACAUCUUAUCGGCAAGCAAGAAACAAAUUAACACACCCAAUAUAAAAGCAGGAACGAAAGUUUUGUUAUAUGGGAAACCCUCAUUCUAUUGCAACAAAGUAUCCUUGGAUGUCUACAAUGUUCUGCAAGAUAAUAGCACAGACCGCAGCGUAGAAAUUGCAUUCAAUGAUGAAUUAUUAGCCUGGCAUAAAAAAUACACUUUAUCAUAAAUACACUACUUUCAGUAAAACAAA